AUGUCUCAUACUAGAGACACAGCUAUUCACCUAAUUGCAGGAGGAUUGGCUGGUACUGUAGGUGCUGUGGUAACCUGUCCACUGGAAGUAGUUAAAACUCGUUUACAGUCCUCUCAAUCUGGUUUCGAUGUUAAAGUUCCAAUAAUUGCAACUCUUGAGUCUAAUAAUAAAACAACUUGCAAAACUAUACCAUCAUUUAGAAGACGGUUAACAACUGUAGCCACAUUUAAAAAUUCAACACAAAUGUUAUCAGUGUCAAAUUUUGUUGGUCUUCCAAAAAAUGAAAAAUCUGUUGGACUAGUGAAAUGUUUCAAACAUAUUAUUAAAAAUGAAGGUGUUCCAGCUUUGUUUCGAGGUUUGGGACCAAAUCUUGUGGGUGUUGCACCAUCCAGAGCUAUUUAUUUCUGUGCUUAUUCUCAAUCUAAAGAUUUUUUCAAUUCAUCAAUGCCUCCGGACACUGCUGUUGUUCAUUUAUGUUCUGCUAGCUGUGCAGGCAACAUUGUUUUAGGAUUUAUAGCUAGCACUGCAACGAAUCCAAUUUGGUUUGUUAAAACAAGGCUUCAACUGGAUAGACAGGGAAAACAGGGGCCCAAAAUGACGGCUUUUCAAUGUGUGCAACGAAUAUACAGGAAAUCAGGAGUCAAAGGAUUUUAUAAAGGAAUAACUGCUUCUUAUUUUGGAAUAUCUGAAACAGUCGUUCAUUUUGUUAUUUACGAAGAAAUAAAGUCUCAUCUAGUCGCUUUUCAUUGCAAUGAACAAUCAGACACGAAAACAUUUAAAGAUUUUUCUGAAUUGAUGUUGGCUGCCGCCAUUUCGAAAACAACAGCAUCCUGUAUUGCUUAUCCUCACGAGGUUGCACGCACACGUUUACGAGAGGAAGGUUCAAAAUAUGUAUAUUUUUGGCAAACUCUUUCUACAGUUUUUCGAGAAGAAGGUUAUAGAGGUCUUUAUAGGGGUCUCGGAACACAGUUAUUAAGGCAAAUACCUAACACAGCUAUUAUGAUGUCCACAUAUGAAGGCGUUGUAUAUAUUCUCAGUAGGUACUGGAUUGAAAACGAAGUUAACGAGACUGAAAACUAA